AUGGGAGCCGGAAAAAGCCAUGUGAAUUCAGCGCAAUGCUCUAAGGCCGAUUUCAGAAAUGAAGAAACGCUAAAUACCAUUGUCAGGACGCAUAACACCGGCAAAGGAAAAAGCAGAGAUCACCGCAGGCAACAGAAGGGCGGUUGCAGUAAGAAUAAUAAUAAGGGUUUUACAUCCUUUGUAGCGCUCAUCGACUCUUCGAAGCCGCAGAUGGAAAAUAACAGUGUUUGGGUGUGCAACACCGCCAUGGAAAACUCCAAUAAUCGCAACUACUUAGUGGAUGCUCUGACACCCGGUCAGCAACUGGAAGAAAUCGCCAGGGCAGGAGAAAUGUCAGAACACUAUCGAAAAUCCAAUGGUAAUGGAAAAAGUCGAAGGACCUGCUGUAUUUGCAACUGUAAUUGUUCAAGGAACAAAAAAAUGGAUUAUCAAACGGAACAGCGGAAUGGUUUGCAGAGCAUAAGUAAGCCGAUUGAAGAGUGUAAUAAGGGACGUAUGGCGCAACUGAGCGAAGCCGAAGAAAUAGCAUAUGCAAUAAGAGAAUAUUGUUGUAGAGCGCGUGAGAAAGCGGACAGAGCGAAAGCUCGGAACAAACGCAGGUGUAGCGGAGAAUUCGAAAAUAACUGGCGGCUGCAAAGCAUGGAGACGGACGACGAUGACGAAGAUACAGACACAGAACCAGAUAUCGAAAUCGAAGUGGAAAAUUAUUGUUGCAGCGCUGAAGAAAGAAGAGUUCACGCGAGGAGAGGAAAAUGUUGCAAACGCUCUGCAGAUAUGAAACGGCGAGGGCGAAAGCGAAGGGAGGAAGACGAACUCGAAGAGGAAUAUUCGGAAGAAGAACAGGCAGUGGAGGAAGAACAUACGGCGGAAGAGGAGAGUAACAAGAGACAACAUAAUGCAGAAGAAGAACAAUGUUCGCAAUGUAGAUACGCUCAGCAGCAUGCAAAACAUUUCAGAUGCUAUGAUUGUAAGAAAACACAUAGUACCACAGAUCAGUCGGAUGAAAACGAAGACAAGCUGGACACCUCGGUAGAGGAUAUAGAGUUAGAAGUGCAAGAAGAGCGGUACGAAAAAAUCGAGAAAAUAUCAGCAUUAGCGCCGCAAAGCCGACGCCAACUCCAGAAAAAUGAGGGGCAAAGGCCAAGAAGUCUCACACAAGAACGAUCUCAACAUCUGAGAGAGAGUAGCCGUACAAAAGAAAGUGAACAAAAGCCUUUUAAGCAAGAAAAUAAAGUGCUGUUGAAAAAGACAAACCUUUACGCACGGCCAAAACAAACAGACAAGGAGGUGCAGACGAGGCAAAAACCAAAAGCAAAUGAACUCCAAGAGAGUAAAACAAAGCCGCAGAGAAGUAGAAGCGAGAAAGUGCAAGGAAUAGGGGCUAAAAACCAAGAGCAACUGCGCGUGGAAGACUGUAGAAGCUGCGAUUGUGAGAGGGAAAAAGCUGAGGUGGAAAAUCGGAGAAAAGCAGAGAUUUCGAGAAGGACCUUGGACAUAGAAAUAGUCUACGAAAAUCAAAACGGACACCGAACAACGCUUGAAGAUGGAACGCAAAGUACGCGAAAAUGCAGUCGUAAUAGAGAGGAGAGAGCAACAGCAAAUGAACCACAAAGAAGACGAAACAUUAGUGGUAGGGGAGAGGAGGGGACAAAAUCCGAUAAACCACAAAAUGGACGAAAUAUCAGUUGUAGUAGUAGAGGGGAGAAAACGACAGCAGAAGAACAACAGAGUGGACGAAAUAUUAACUGCGGUAGGCAAGAAAGUCAGACUAGAGAAGAUAAAACUACAACAGAUAUAGCGAAAGAUGCUCGGGUGCAGAGUAGAGAAAGAAAACCACCAGCAGCAGCCGAAAACGAAAUCCGAAACAGACGACGCUAUGAACGCAUUAAAAAUAAACGGAAUACUCGUACUCAAGCCAGAAAGUCGUGCCAGCAAUCAAUUGAAGACGAAAAGCCGAGCGAAGAAGCAGCAGAACAGCAGCCUCAGAACCCACAAGAUGAGCCUAAUUGGGUGCAAACUCAAUCAGCCGAGAAAACCAAACCAAAAAUCGAUUGCAAAGCAGAAGAAGAGAAAUCAGAAGCUUCUGAGAUGGUAGCAAAGCCGCCCAAAGCGAAACAGCAAAGCGAAAAGGAGUGUCAAACCGAAUAUUGCUGGCAGAAACAGAGAGACGUCCCGCUAACAAAAUGCUGCGAAUUCCCCGAAGACGAGUAUCAGACUGCCUAUCCGCAGCAUUCUGAGCAACGCUGUCGCGAAGAGGAUCGCCAAGCCAUCACGCAGCCACAAAUUUCUCUGCAAACACGAUUGCAAGAACAAAUGAGAGCAAAUCAGAGUUCUUGCGACCCACCACCGUGCUGUUUUCCACAAUUUCCUUGUUGCUGUGAACAGCCCAUGGAGGGCUGUAAUCCGAGGGAGCGGCCACCAUCCGCAUACUGUUCUCCACCAGCAACGUCACAAAUGCCGUCGAAUUGUUGCCCGCCGCCCAUAUCGCCACCGCCAUACUGUCUUCCAACCACACCGCCUUGUUGUUAUGAACCACCGCCUUGUUGUUAUGAUCCACCGCCAUGCUAUGGUCAGGAGUGCCCAUGUUGCUGUCAACCGAUUCGUUUUUGUUACGCGGCUCCCUGCAGCUAUACGAAUCCUGGUUCGUCUCCCUGA